GUGCACCGGGCGCCAUGACCGUGGUCUUUGCGAGUCCACAAGAGGCCGCAGCCUGGCUACUACGCGCUUUGGAUGUGCUGCCUUACUUAUCCUGGCCCGCAGAGCUCCUUCAAAACCCCAUGUACGAAGAGUUGGCAGUCGACAGGGCUGGCAGGAUAGUGCUGCGGCCAGCGCCGCUCGGCUGGCAACCGUCCUCUCGCGUUGUCGUCACUAACGGCAUCAGCAUGGCAGCACCUGCUGCCACCACACAGGCGGCUUCUGACGUGCCAGACCCCGCCACGGCUGCAACUACAAUGGCAAAUCCAGACGCUGCUGUAGCUGCAGUUGCCAGUGCAAACGGCAGUACUAGUGCAAACGGCAGUAGUCCUGGAGCAACGGCCUCGUCGACGACAGCGCAACUGCCACAGUGUGGUUUUGGUUUGGAUGCUUCAAUGGCUGCUACAGCUGCUACGGCAGCGUGCCUCUCUGGCAUAUGCCGUACCACCGGUGAUGGCAGCAGCCUUGGCGGUGCGGAGACGGCUGGUGUCGACGCUGAUGUCAGUUGUUCCGACAGUGAGGGUUUCGUACUGCUGCAGCGUGGGUUGCGUGCGCGAGCGGCGCUUGCGUACGGCGAACUAGGCGGAGAGUUGCCCCGCGGCGGCUCAUUAGCUUGUCAGCUCUCGUACAAAGGACGAGCGUGGACGCUAUCACGUGCCCUGCUAGCGAAGGGCAAGCCAGGGAAGGUGCUGACGAAUGACGAGACGGCAUCACGCCUUCCCCAGUCGCUAGCAUCACGCCUAUUGGUUGUUUGAACGGAGGGUGUUGGAUGCAGGUGUCAACAACAGUACGCCGGGUUGUCGGUUGAAGUCAAUACAUCUAUAUAUGGGGUUAGGUGGCAACGUGUAUGUGAUGAGUUACGCCUAAUCUGGCACCGAGAGGAGGCGCACAUCCGGAGAGGGCGUCAUCAUGCAUGGGUACUGUACACUUGCUCAAUGCCUAUGAUUACUGGUGCCCCUUAUCCUAAGAGCUUUAGUCACCUUAAGAAGUGUUCCUGAUUUAGCACUCUGCUUAAAGAGUGGUGAAAGUAAUUCCUAUCUAUCACCCCCAUUGGGAAUUAAAUGCAUGGGGGGAUGCUGGGGGAAUCUAAGUAUGGAGUUAUUUCCAAUCUACGGUUUUGCUGCAAGCUACUGCUGCGAACUUGCUCCAGGCGAGGUGUGGCCAGGCAAGGUCCAAGACGCUUGCCGGCGGCUGCGUAAUCGCAGCUGCACGUGCGUACCAUUGGGGAUAUUUGCACGCGCGGGCUGUUGGGUAGGAGGAUGCUGCGGCCUUUGGCAUUGCAGUUAUUGGCAUGGCAGUUGUUGGCAUUGCAGGUAGUGGCAAUAUGGCAUGGCAGUUAAUGGCAUGGAGUUUAAGGCAUGGCGGUUUAUGGCAUGGCAGUGGCAGUUAGAGCGUAGCCUAUUCAUUUUCUUUUUUACAUUGAGGGAUGGUGGUCCUUCAUACAUGACUAAGCAGUUCGUCACUUUGCGCAUGUCUGGUUGUCUGCUGUUGCACCUGUCUUAUCUGAGCCAGUCCUCCUAAGCGGUUCUGGCCAUCUUCUAGGGCUUAUAACUAUCUAAAUUUGCUGCUCCUGCUACUGGCGCAUAGGAGAUGGAUGCAUGGUAGAUGCUUUAUUUAAGUUAUUACGUAUUAGUUCUCUAUGUCCUGUGUUUCUGUACGGUCCUCAGGCAGUGUAGGCUCUAUAUAUGCCGUUAAUAGGCAGCUGUGAUGAAGUGCAUACGAAAAUAUUGCUGCAUUGCUUGUGGUCGAAAAUAGGGUUCGCGUAUGCCUGGUAUGGGAAUUUUUUCUGCCCAUGCGACUCGGCCCCCGCAUUUCCUGUUUGUAUCUCUGCGUAGUUUGCGUUACUUCGCCUCGUAGCUGUCGGUUACCAGAUAAGGCAUUUUCAGCUAUGGCUAGUCUUGUGCCUGCUGGGGUCUUUCCUUGAGCUAAUUAAUGCUACUAUAGAGUGCCUUGUUCACCGACGAACGGAAGAGCGCUGAAAAAGCAAUUUAGAACAGGUUGUGCAGGAAGGGCCUUUCCUAAUAGACAUUCUCCGCGACCCGUGGGUCUCAUUUGCUGUUAGCGUAGCCAUACAUGCACGGUGGGAUGGAGAGAAGCCUGGGUAGGCCAACUCAAUUGCUAAAUAGCGGCUGAGGAGCAACAUCAGCAGUAGGACGUGGUAGGAAAUGGAGACGGAUCAGUAAGUGGCGGGCGCGGCGGCAGUGGCGUGUCGCCCUAAACAACCAG